AGUUGAGGAUCCCUGCUCUAAAUCAUGCAGAGCUCAUGAGUCAAGCAGAGGGGCGGAGCUCUGAGGAGGAGGAAGGCUCCAGUGAGAGGGCCAUGCCCAUUUCUGCAAUAGCUCCAGAAGCUGAUUCACAUCAUGAACAACCUGCUGUCAUAUCAUCAAAUCCAGCCCUGCAGGACCUGGAACAGCUGUUCUCCAUGGGAAAGAUCAGCGGUGAGAAAAUGGCUCGUCUUAGGGCCAGCUUCAACCUCUUAUAUGAAACUCUAAGAAGUUCUCAGGAAACAGAAAUGCAUCUGCUGCAGGAGGCAAAGGCCUUACGCACCACACUGGAUCAGCAGAAGCAGGAGCUGGAGAAGGCCGAGCUGUUUCCUGAGGGACCAGACACAGAGGUCAGCAGACUAAAACAAACGCUUCUGCAGUACUACAACCAGCUGAAGGAGGAGGAAGAAAGAGAAUACCAGAUGCAGUUCCAGUUUGAGUGUCUAAAAGAGGAGAAGCUCUGUCUUGAGAAAGAAUACCAGGAACAACCUAAACCAUCUGAGCUAGAAAAUAGGUACAUUGCCAUGAAGAACAGUUGUGAGGAGGUGAGGAAAGAGGUGGUUCAGCUUAGACAGGAAGUGAAGACUUUAAGUGAGAGCAUGGAGACUCAACACAAACAUAUAAAGAAAGAACAACAUGAGCUGGAGAAAUUAAAAGAUCUUGUUGAAAGCAAUGAGGCUGAGCUAGCUCAGGUGCUUCUCAUACCUGUUCAACUGGGAAAGGAGAUCGACAGGAUUGCCCACAAGAAAUCGGAGCUGGGGAAGCAGGUUGCAGUAAUAGGGCAACACCGUAUGGAGCACAUGGAGCAUCAGCAGAGGAUGGAAGCUAAGUGUGAGGAGGUGAAGGAGGCCAAAAGAGAGGUAGUACGAGAACUAGAAGGCCACAAGUCUCAGCUGGUGGCUGCAGAGAACAAACAAGACAGACUCCUCAAAGAACUGCAGAUGACCAAAGAAAAAGAGGCCAUGUUCAUGGAUCAAAGGGGUCUGCUGGAUAUCAACAUGGAGCAGAUUGUUGCUGAGUGCAAGUCUCUGCGUGAUAAACUGGCUCGAGAUACGCGGCUGAAAGACAAGCUUAUGCGAGCCCUGAAGAGGAAUGAACUGCAGCUGAAACAGGCCAGAGACUCUCUUGCUAACACUCAACAGCAGCAUGAGAGGACGCAGGCUCAGAGAGAGACAGUCCCAGAGGGUGACUGCUUGUUGCAGAGAAGAAGAGAUCUGGAAAAGGAAGUGGAAAACCUAAAACGUAGUUGGAUUAGCAAGCAGUCUGUGGCAGAUCUGAAGGUCCAGCUGGUUCAAGAGUACGUGGAGCAGGAACAGGCUUUGAUUAGAGAGUCCUAUCGCCGUAGAGACGAGCUUCAUCACCUUCAUCAUCUCAUACUUAUUAAAGCAGAUGAAAGAGAGCAGAAGAGCCGUGAGCUGCUCAAAGCACAGCUAAAAUAUAAGCGUGCCAAGCAAGAUCUGCAGGGGAAAGGACUGGUUAUUCAAGAACACUUGAAACAGACUCAAGAGACCCAGUCAAGGCUGGGUGUGUUUGCUAAACUGUAUGAAGUCACCAAGGGCGAGCGGAACAAAUACUUGAGCCUGAUCCACAUCUCAAACCAGAACCUGGCAGAGGUGCAAGAGAAGCUGGUUAAACUGGAAGAAAAUCUUAAGACACUGCAAUUGAUUGCUAUCAACAAAGACAAGUUGCUGCAAAAGUCCCGUCUACAACACUCUCACAGCUACAAGCUCAGAGACCGUAUGAAGAACGAGCUCUCACGGGUGUUACAGGUUCUGCAAGAAAUGCACCAGAAACGAGAGGAGCAGAAAUUGAACCUCGGCAGGCUCACAGACACAAUCGACAUGCUGGAGCAAAAAAAGUUGCAUAUGUGCAAGAGCUACGAGGCUGCUAUGCAAGAGCGCAACCAGCGGGCCGUGCAGCUUGUAGAAAAAGAGCAGGAAUUGUGUAUUUUCUAUGAGAAGCUAAAUGUGCUGGUGAAAAUGAUCGAAGACAGCAACCUGAAGAUACAGAACAUGGAGGAUGAAAUCAGCAACCUGAAAAUUGAACAGAAGGAGCAAAAAAGACAGAAUAACCUUCUCGGGAAACAGUUGUCCAGCAAACGGGCCCAGGAGGAAGAAAGCAUCCUAUUACAGAUACAGCUGUCUGAGACGAAAGACAGACUGACUGAGCUAGAAAAGGCUUGUGUGAACCAUUUAGAGGUGCAUUUGACGGAUAAGGAGGCUCAGCUCUUGGAAAUGGAGCUUGUGUAUGAGCAGGUUACACGCCUUUCCCAGCGCAUCCAAAUCAAAGCUGAGAAUGGUAAAGAAGACACGCUGCAUCUGGCUAAGAAAGUGAACGAGCUGCAGGCUCAGAUCAGGGAGCGCACUCGUAAAAUGAUGGCAGUGGUAGCAGAGCUGUCCAUGAGACAAGCUGAGUGUAUGACCCUACAGCAGGAGAUGAAAGAGAAGGAACUACAGCUGGACUUGUGUCAGAGGAGUGUGGAACAAGGCCUGCCCCCCUCAGACAACAUAGAGAACGAGUGGCUGCGUUGCCUUCGAGAUCAGCACAGACGCCAGGCAGACGCAGAGGAAAAAGCCAGGCUGGCUGAGGAAGACGAGUGGAACCAGCUUCCAAACGGUGUUUACACCACGGCUGAACUGCGACCCAAUGCUUACAUCCCCACUGACGAUCCUUUGCCAGUGCCCAAACACUACGGAGCCCUGGCCCCCUUUAAACCCACCGAACGUGGUGCCAACAUUCGCCACAUCCGCAAACCAAAAAACAAACCUAUUGAGAUCUAGAGUGAGUCUGCAAACUCAUGAUGCUUACAGACACAAAAAUAAAAGUCCAGAUGUGCUCCCA